AACUCAAAAAGAGACAUGAUGAUUCGAAACCAUUGUUAUUGCUUUUCUAGUAUUAUUACCAUCUUUGUCUCCAUUGCAAUCCACAGUCUUGCUUCUCCUACGCUCAACUUUUGCCGCCACGACCAGAGGGAUGCUCUUUUGGAAUUCAUGCAUGAGUUUCCUACUACCAAGUCUUUUCCAAGUUCGUGGAACAAAAGCAGCGAUUGUUGUUUUUGGGACGGAGUCGAGUGCGAUAAUAGAUCUGGCCAGGUUAUAUCACUCCACCUUUCUGGUAAAUCUCUUAACGGCUCUAUGAAAACAAACAGUAACCUUUUUAAACUCCACUAUCUUCGUGAUUUAAGCCUUAUGAAUUGCAAUCUCCAAGGAGAGAUUCCUUCUUCACUAGGAAACCUUUCUCGUCUCACUCAAGUUGACCUUUCUUUUAAUCAAUUGGUAGGUGAGAUUCCGAUUGAAAUCGGCAAUCUAAACCAACUAAGAUAUCUUAAGCUUGGGUAUAAUGAUCUCACAGGAGAAAUUCCUUCUGCACUAGGAAACCUUUCUCUUCUAUUAAGUCUUGAACUUCAGCAUAAUCAUCUGGUGGGUGAAAUUCCAACUUCCAUCGGAAACCUCAAGGAACUAAGAUUGAUUUGGCUGAGCUAUAACAAGUUAUGUGGUAAUAUUCCGAUUUCAGUCACUAAUUUAACGAAGCUUUCCUAUUUUGUCAUCGGCUCUAAUAACUUCACUUCCACGCUUCCAUCAAACAUGAGUGGUUUCCACAACUUGGAGAUGUUUGAUAUUAGUGAAAACUCGUUUCACGGGCCUUUCCCUAAUUCUUUGUUCUCGAUUCCCUCGCUGCAAUCGGUAGAUUUGGGAAAAAACCAUUUCACGGGACCUAUACAGUUUGUGAAGAAUACAUCUUCGUUAUCAUCUGAGCUUCGUUAUCUAGACCUUUCUCAUAACACAUUCAAUGGCCUGAUCCCGGAAUCCAUGUCUAAAUUUCUCGACCUUGAAGAGUUACGUCUUAGCCACAAUAAUUUCAGUGGGGCAAUCCCUUGUUCUAUAUGGAGAUUGAGGUGGCAGGUGUUUAUGGAUCUAAGCUCGAAUUAUUUCCGAGGAUCAUUUCCCCUUUGGAUCUGCAAGCUUAAAGGGUUAUCCUAUUUAGAUUUGUCCAAAAAUUUCUUCAGCGGCUCGAUUCCUCAAUGUUUAAGCAACCUUAAUGGUUCUUUAACAGAGCUAUUUCUGGAGAACAACAAAUUCAAUGGAACUCUUCCAAAUAUAUUUGUCAAUGCUACCAAGUUCGAAUCAUUGGACGUUAGUCACAACAAUCUAGAAGGGAAGUUUCCAAAGUCAUUGCUCAAUUGCAAAUCUCUGCGAUUUGUGAACGUGGAAGGCAACAUAAUCAAGGACAAGUUUCCAUCGUUAUUGGGAUCUCUACCAUCAUUACAAGUUCUCAUCCUCAGAUCUAACGAGUUCUACGGGCCAUUAUUGUAUCAUGACCACAUGUAUAUUGGGUUUCAGAGUUUGAGAGUCAUUGAUAUAUCAGACAAUGACUUCACUGGAACUCUUCCACAUUAUUAUUUUUUGAACUGGCGUGGAAUGACCACGUCAACCGAAGAAAGUGAGGAGGAGGAGUACAUGGUAAAUUUUUCCAAUGAUCAAUUUAUGUAUCAGUCCAUGGAAAUGGUGAAUAAAGGAGUAGAUAUGAGGUUUGAGCGUAUCAAUCACGGCUUCAGAGCCAUUGAUUUUUCUGGAAACAAACUUAAUGGCAAAAUCCCUGAAUCGAUUGGCUUUUUGAAGGAAUUGCGUCUUCUCAACUUGUCAUGGAAUGCAUUCACAAGCCAUAUCCCACGAUACUUGGCAAAUUUGACAAACCUCGAAACGCUAGACCUCUCUAGAAAUAAGUUAUCAGGUCAAAUACCUCAAGAUCUUGGUCAACUCUCCUUUCUGGCAUACAUGAACUUCUCUUAUAACCUUCUUCAAGGUCCAGUUCCACAAGGCACACAGUUCCAAAGGCAAAAAUGCUCUUCCUUCGUGGACAAUCCUGGACUCUUCGGACUUGAAGAAAUAUGUCAAGUAAGCCAUGUCCCCAAUCCUGCAUCACAUCAAUCUGAGGAAUUGUUAGAGGCAGAGGAAAAAAUGUUCAGCUGGAUUGCAGCUGGAAUAGCCUUUGGACCUGGUUUGUUCUGUGGAUUGGUUAUGGGACAUAUCUUCACUUCACACAAUCAAGAAUGGUUUACAGAAAAGUUUGGUCCAAGAAAAAUGAGAGUCGUCACAAGUGCUCGUUAAGUCCAUCUCUUGUAGUCUCUCUAAUAAGCAUUUCUAAGACUCAUGUAGUCCAACAUCUUCUUCGUAUUUGUACUGAAUUCUUUAGGUGUGUGUCCUUCAAAAGACUUCUUCAGUUGUUUGUGUUUGUUUGUAAUUUUCUCUGUAAUAGUUUUGUAAUAAACAUGUUGGUGGUAUUUAAUGUAUCUUGGCUUGAAAAUGUACACGUGAAUUUCCUCCUA